AUGGGGCAGCAUUUGGCUGUGUCUAGCUUUGACAGUGAUGGAGAGGCAGUGACAAGCUCCUGUCUUGGGGAGAACCUUCGCCACACCUUCCCUUGGCUGGGGGGCUUUCUGGCUUGCCGCAAGCAGCUGGGUGCUGGCACAUAUGGCACUGUCUUUGAGGCAGGAUUCGAGGUGGGCACGGCCGUUGGCAGUCAAGGCCGGGGUAAAAAGCGUGGCUACACUAACCUGCUCGGAAAAGCAGCUCGACAUCGUUGGUUGCCAGCUCAACUUCCACAGCUGUCAGAAAAAGAGUUGAAAGAAGUGGGCAACCUCCCUGAAAAGGCAGACCUGACACGGGUUCAUGCACAGAUUUUGUUUCACAAAGCUGCUUUGUCCACUGGCGCGGCUCGUGCAGUUCUUUGUACAGAUCUGUUUGCAUCCAACUUUUCCUGGCAUCAGGUUUUUGUCGGUGAGCUGCCACCUCUGAAACCCCGAAGCGAAGUAUUGGCUUUGUGUGCUAAGGGCAAACUAAGGCACCUCACAUGCUCGGAAGUGUUGGCUGCGAAAGGGUACCGGCUUGAAGAAAUGAAUCUCCAUUUGUUACCUCGGUCAACAGCCAUUGGUUAUGCAAAUGCCGCUACUCCGGUUCCAGUGGCAAUCUUGUGCUUAGCUUUAGGUUUGGCCAUAGAGAAGCUGCGACGCCAGUAG